AUGGAAGGUUAUAGCACAAUCCUACCAUCGUACACCAUUCCAAUCAACACGACAACUGUAACCUACAACAUAUUCAAUACAACAAACAGAACAUCUCACGUCAUAAAUACUACGAGCAGUGUUAUUACUGUUAUUGCUUCAUCGUCAGCAGCGAUCGUUGUUAAAGGCAAUUCGCCCAACUCAUCAUCCGGGGAUUUUGAUAUGUUAUUCACGUGGGUAUUCAUAGCGUGUGUCGUCCUGGCGUUGUUGAUGAUUAUUUCAAUAUUUAUGGUGAUAGUAUGCUGGAGAGUUAGAAGACGCAGAAGGUUUGAGGAAAAUUCUAUUAAUAAUAGUACAUUCAUUUCGACCUGAUCAGUAGCUGAGUAACUAUAGGCCUCUGGCAGGAAUCGAAACUUCGGCCUAAGUCCAUUCAUCACGCAUGACGGCCGGUAUAGGAUAACUAGGUAUAGGAUAACUAGGUAUAGGAUAACUAGGUAUAGGAUAACUAGGUAUAGGAUAACUAGGUAUAGGAUAACUAGGUAUAGGAUGACUAGGUAUAGGAUAACUAGGUAUAGGAUGACUAGGUAUAGGACAACUAGGUAUAGGAUAACUAGGUAUAGGAUAACUAGCCAUAGUAGUCUACCUAACGCGCCCUUUAACUAUAGUAUAUAUAUAUAUUAGCACUACUCCCAAACACUUGAUGUUUUCAAUCAAUAGAAUACGUAUUUUAUAUUAGCCAUGCAGGUGAAUGAGUUUUCGAUAUUUCCCACAGAACCGCGACAGUAACUGAUGCGAGAAAAGAUGCUGGCAAAGAUCGAAAACGAGGCCGAGUGAACUUGCGAAAUUCUAUUAAAAGAGUUUUUAUCUCAGGUAAUUCAGUGCAACUGCCAACCUCGUUCCCAGAGCCUGUACAGAACAGGCAUACUCUGGGAACGAGAUUGUGCAACGGCAUAAUAUGUUGUAAAAUGGAUUUCACUCUUGUAAAUAAAAUGAAAAGGAAUGUUUAACAUUUUUCAAAACCCGAUAAAAAAUAUUCACCUCGUCAUCUAAUAUUCAACUUGGUCGUAAUCAUGGUUAUAGAAAUUAUUAUCUAAGAUAUCAUACAAAAUAUAUGACAUACAUAAGCAUGGUUUUGGAACCAUGGGCGUGGUUAUGAUGCCCUACUUUCCGAGAACGUAACCAUGGUUAUAUAGAAAUAUGACAUUAGAGAACUGUACAUUCCACUACCUUGAAAAAUACAAGGAAAACUUCAAAAUGAUGAUGGUGAUGAUGCCUCUAACCUUGUAGACAACCACGUUACGUUUGCGUAAAACUUUCCAUCCAGCUCAGCCAUAUUUUAAGCACAUGAAUUAAAUGUUCUUUACAUUCCCAGAUGGUCCGCUGUACGCUGUAAGCAACCUCAAUACCAGCCGGUAUUCAGGUUUACCUGAAAAGCAAAAUAACCCGAACUCAGACUCCGCGAGAUCAAGUCCGAGUCCUGAAAUAGCAGUAUCAUCUGACGAACCAGGGAAUAUCUCCAAGGAUAACCAACAUAUCAUCUAUCAACGAUAUCUGAGCCCAGUAGAAGGUGUGCCUCCGCCGUCGGCUUCACCAGUAGCGAAAGAAGGAGAUGACAGAACAUACUUGCAACCGAUAGAUGAGCUAAGAGCUUCAAAACGAUUCCUUCAACACUCAAGGAAUGACAGUCCUGAACCAGAAGAGACGUAUCUGGAACCAUUGCACGGGAUACCUGUGCCGGUAAGCCAACAUUUAAAUUUGCUUGUGAAACUUAUUACAGGUAAACUACGUGAAGCGUUCCUCUUUUGAGUUCCUAAGUUGAUUGCAAUUUUCGUCAUUACCUUAGCAAAUUUGAAAAACUCCUUGCAAAUCCCUGAAAAUGUUCUUAAGAGCAAAAUAAAUUUUCCUCAGUUCCUGUUAGAAGUUCUUAACUUCCUGUUACAAGUUCCUAACUUCCUGUUCUGUGCGUUGCAAUUGGCUAACAAAAAUAAUCCACCAAUGAUAACGCUCAGAACAGAACAGGAAGUUAGGAAAUUAAAACAGGAAGUUAGGAAAAUUUGAAAGGAACUUUCUUUGCGUUGGAAUAUUGCAACGGCCGACAGGAAAAUUGCAAAUUCCCUCAAGGGAUUUGCGAAGAGUUUUUCAAAUUUGCAAAUCUAAUUUUGAAAAUUCCAAAUGAGUUAGGAACACAAAAGAGGAACGCUUCACGUAGUUUACCUGUAAUAAUUUAUGAAGAAAACACAAAAGACAUCAUGAGCGUGAAGGAGUUUGUAUAUCUGAUACAAAAUCAUGCUAGCUCAUUUACAUAAAUCAAGACGUUUCUCCGUAGUGCUAUUAGAGACCUUACGAUUUUAGGACGGCAACGCGACGGCGAAGGCCAAAACAAACUCCUUCAAAUAAAUGGUAGUAAAGAUAGUUCGUGGUAUAUUAUCAAUCGUAUAAAUUUAAUGCAGUUUUAGAAGUUGAAAACAUGGGUUUUAUGGUUGAGAAGAGUUCUGCUACACCCAGUUUGAAGUUGCACUUGUUGUGGCUUGGAAUGUAGCCGUUGUAUCAAGACGUGAAAAUCUGUGAUUUGUCCGUUGUAAACAGAGCGAGGACAAUGUCUAAAUUAUUCAUAUAUUGUAAUUACUCAAUUCUUUUCAAUGAUCUAUUGUAUUGGUAAGUAUCCGUUGCCGUCGCGUUGCCGUUCUAAAAUCCAGGGACGCCGGAACUGGGGGGCAGGAGGGGCAGCCGCCCCUGUUGCCCUUUACCAGGAGGGGGGAGGGGCAAAGGUGCCCUUUCAAUUUAAAAGAUUGCCUUGGCGAAAUAGCGAAUUGUCAGAAAUGUUGGUGCAAUUCUUUUACGAAUUUGCUUCAGAAAACGCAAUAAAAGUCAUCUAGAAUAAUACAAUCGCCUGGCGGAGAACCCCCUCACACCCCUAUCAUCCAAUAAAUAGAAAAUAUGAUUAGGCGAAGUUCAACUCCCGAUGUUUUGCAAACAUCUCUUAGAAAAUAUCAAUUCAAAAGUGCCCUUUCACGAAAAUCUGCCCCCCCCCCCUUGCCUUCACAUCGUUCCGCGUCCCUGCUAAAAUCGUAAGGUCUCUAUUUGCAACAUGCACGUCCGUUUUGUAUCGAUACCGACAAACUCUGGGCUUGUUCGUACGUAUUGCGCCCACGACCAUCGAGAAACGCGUCGGCGGAUAAAAUAGGACAGAAAAAUUUGAAAUAUGUUAUUGUUUACUCAUAUUAUCCAUUCAUAUACUUUAGGACGAAAUUCAUCAGAAAACAUCGACUCCUAAACCAAGUCCUAAACCAUCUCCAAGUCCAAAGCCUACGGUGAAGCCUAAACCUUGA